AUGACUCAUUAUGAAGGUGGCAUUUUAUAUGAAAAGCUUUUAAAUUUUAGUCUAUCACAGAAAUAACAAUUAGUCAAAGACAUACUAGAAACAAUGAACUAUGUUCACUUUUAAUAAAUUAUGCAUCGAGAUUUGAAGCCAUAAAAUAUUAUGUUUAAAGAUAAGGAUCCAACAAGUACUGACAUUGCCAUUAUUGAUUUUGGGUUUGCAACAAACUUAAAUUAUUAGGAGCAUAUCCUUUACAAUUGUGGUACUCUUGGUUAUGCAGCACCAGAAGUAUAGGAAUAUAAGGAAAAAUAAAAAAUGUAUACCACCUAAUGUGAUGUUUAUAGUUUAGGAAUUAUCAUUUAUGAAAUGUAUCUGUAUUUAUUAAUUAGAUUCUUCGGAGUUCAUCCCUUUAGAAACUCUAAUCCUGGGAGUCUUACUUUUAGUGAAAAAGUCAAGGUUCCACAAUCUUUAAAGAAUCUUUUAAUUUAAAUGACUAGAUUCCAACCAAAAUUUCGAUUUACCUUAUAGGAAUGUUUAGAAUAGGAAUUUUUUCGAGAGGAUCUUGAUUCCUUAGGGUUGGAUGGCUUGUCAAAAUACAGUUUGGUCAAUUCGAUUCAUUAAAAACCUCUUAAUAUAUCAAGAAAAAACUCCAUUGAGCCUUCUGUAAAAUAAGAGAAAUUAAGUAAACAUGACUCUACUAAAAUCAAAACAGUAAAUUCUACUGCAGCAGAAUCUAAGAAUCUAUAAAUAAGGAACUUAAAUCUUUAUGACGAAGAAUAUUAAGAUGAUCUUUAAUUUAUUGAAAAUCAUAAUUUUCCAAACGAUUUUAAUAAUUUUAUCCAAAAAAGAAUAUGA